AUGCAUCGAGAUGAUUCUAUGAUAUUAAAUCAUCCAAGUGAAGGAUUUGAUAAUCAUAUAUCUGGAACAAGCAGUUUCAUAGAAUCCGAGCAAGCCUCAAAUCUUAUUACUGCUGCUGGAAAUAAAUAUAAUGCUUUAAAGAAUUGCCUUAAUUCAAUUAAGGAUACACUAACCAAAGGUGGUGAAUCGCUGUCUCCUCAACUGCUAAAUUUAUCGUCCUUUUCUAGUACGUUAGGUUUAACUGAUGAUAUGCCACAUGAGACAUUGCAAUAUGCUCGCAGAGCUCAUCUUUCAUCUUUGAACUCAAAUUAUGCGCAAAAUCUAUUAGCAACAGGCGAGCCUCAACAACAAAUAUUUGGGAGUUCUUCAAAGGAGUUAGCUGAAAUUCAGAAGCAGCUGGAUGAAAGUCGCGACGAAAUCAAAUCACUCGUUUCUUCAAAACGCGAUACUCUUGAUGUUUUUAAACAACUACGUGAAAAGUAUGAUGCACUGAGAAUGUCCAGAAAAACAGCUUUAGAACAGCUUGCUAUUCUUAAGCAUCAAAACUCUGAACUACAUGAAAGAUUCGAGAAUGAAAAAAAACUGCGUGAGAAAGAAUAUAAGGAAACUGUCGGCCUGCGGAGAGCUUUGGACAGCUUGCGUUCCACGUCCGAUCAUUUAAAAAGAAGUAAUGAAAGUUUACUAAGACAAUUACGGGGAUCACAUGUUGAUGUAGAGGAACUCCGAGCUUCUGUUGAGGAAACUAAAGAACGACUGAAAUGCAGUGAACACCAAUUACUUUUAUGUGAUGCUGAAAUCAAACGAAGAGAUGCGUCGCGACAUGAAAUAUUAAAACAAAAUACUCAGUAUGUAGAACUUCAAAGAAAAUGUGAAGAAUUAGAGGCAGCUUUGCAGCAAGCAGGACAAGCUGAUGAUGAACGUUGUAGACAAAUGGAGCAAGAAAUUAUAAGAUUGAAAACUACAGCAAGCGAAAACCAAAAAUUAUUCGAACGCGAAAGGAAAGAGUCCAACGAAAUUCUUCAAGAUUUAAACGCAUCAAUUGUAACUCACAAAGAAAAAAUAAAAGAAUUAAGCGGAAUAGUGAUAAAGCAAGAUGCGUUGAUACAAGAACAAUUGCAAGCUAUUGAAUCACAGGAAAAACAAAUAAAGGAAAUUCAACAUACAUCUGAAAAUGCUAAAAAGAGAGCGGAGUACUUAGAAGAAAAACUUUCAGAAGCAGAAGAGGAAUUUAAAGAGGCUUUAGUUCCUUCUGAAGCAGCAACUCAGUUGAAAGAGACCAGACAGGAAUUGGAAAAUACACGAGAUGCUUUAUUAAUAAAAGAUAAAAUAAUAGAAGAUCAAGUAGGCACAAUCCAGAAUCUUAAAACUACUCUUAACGAAAAAUCAAAUGAGUUACAAAAACUUUCCAUGCAAAGAGAUCGUGAGAAGAGCAAAUACAAGUUAGCUCUCGGAGAGCUACAGACUCGCAAACCAGUAAGCGGUAAUCUUAUCCAACAACGACAGAAAAUGGGCUGGCAGGAGGACGAACAGCGUGCUGCUUGUAAACAACUACUUCUCAUGCGACGAGAAAAAGACCAUGCCGUAUUCACAGCACACUAUGUAACAAAACAGCUAAUACAAACAGUAUCUGAAUUCGAAAAUCAAGUUGCAACACAGAAAAAAGUGCACCGCAUGCUAAUUUCUGUUUUAGGAGAAAAAGAAAAAAAUGCUGAAUAA